UGAGCAUGCUCGACCCCUCGCUCUGCCCGCACAGUGGCUUGACUCUGGCAGGCGCGCUGCGUCUCCGGCGAAGUUGCACGCGGGCAGUUGGGAGCCGCUGGUUGUAAGGUGCAGUCCGUUACUUUGGGUUGGUCUUUAGGGCGAGAAGAGCAAUUCCUUUUUACCCCUUUUCAGUUGUAUGCACUGAAGACAGCAUGAGAAAUCUAAAAUUGCUGAGAACUUGGGAAUGCCAGCCAGUCCGGACUGUUGGAACUCCUCAAGGCUUCUGUCUCCAUGCAGACAAGGGGACAUUAUUAGUCAGUACAGAGUAUGGAAUUGUGGAGGUGGAUCCUGCCACACAAGAGGUCACAAAUGAAGUUUCUUUGCUAGCUGAGGGUUUUCUGCCAGAAGAUGGAAGCGGGUUCAUUGUGGGCAUUGAGGAUUUGCCUGAUCAGGAAUUUGUCUGUGUGGCUACUGCGACUGGAGAUGUCAUACUGUGCAAUCUGAACACCCUUCAGUUGGAGUGUGUCGGGAGUGUGGACAGCGGUCUAACUGUGAUGAGCUGGAGUCCUGACCAAGAGCUCGUUCUCCUUGCCACAGGUCAGCAGACUCUCAUCCUGAUGACGAGGGACUUUGAACCUAUUACAGAAAGUCAAAUCCACCAAGAUGACUUUGGAGAAGGAAAGUUUAUUACUGUUGGUUGGGGUAAAAAGGAAACCCAGUUUCAUGGAUCAGAAGGCAAGAAGGCAGCUCGCACCAAGCCAGUGGAAGUGCUGCCUGCUCUGCCAUGGGAUGACCGUAGACCUCGAAUCACCUGGAGAGGAGAUGGACAGUACUUUGCAGUGAGUGCUGUUUGCCCAGAGACAGGCGCUCGGAAAGUCAGGGUGUGGAGCAGAGAGCUUGUUCUGCAGACUACAAGUGAGCCCGUCCCAGGAUUAGAACAAGCACUGGCGUGGAAGCCCUCUGGAAGCUUAAUUGCAUCCACACAAGAUAAAGCCAACAAACAUGACGUUGUGUUCUUUGAAAAAAACGGACUUCUUCAUGGUGAAUUCACACUUCCCUUCCAGAAAGGCCAAGUCAAGGUAAAUGAGCUACUCUGGAAUUCGGACUCCAUGAUAUUGGCAGUAUGGUUGGAAGAACUGAAAACGGAAGAUACAACUCAACCAAAGACAUAUGUUCAGCUUUGGACAACGGGAAACUACCACUGGUACCUGAAGCAAAGCCUGCAUUUUGAUAGCUCGGAAGGCAGCCAGUCCAUUGUGUCCCUGGCAUGGGACCAAGAGAUGCCGUACAGACUCCACAUCCUCUGCCAGCAGUGGCUUUACCUCUGCUAUGACUGGCAGUGGAGUACAGACCGCAGCAGCGGCGAAGGGGCAAGCGACUUGGCUAGCGUGGCAGUCAUUGAUGGAGACAAGGUGCUCUUGACAUCCUUCCGUCACGCUGUGGCCCCUCCACCUCUUUGUACCUAUCAGCUCCAGCUCCCCUGUUCUGUCAAUCAAGUUGCCUUCCUUAUGGAACCUUCUAGAAGUGGGGAUCUUGCUGUCCUGGAUGCUAGCAACAGGAUUUCCAUUUAUAGAGCAGAUGGCCAGACAGACACAGACGCCACUGUUAAAACUGGUGCAGUUGGUGCAAAUAGAUGCAAAGUUGCACUCCCUCGGCUGGAAAAGACAUACAGAUUUGACCUUGGCGACAACAGAGACGGGAAAAAUCCACUGUGGCUUCGCCUUGUCACCUGGUUGCAAGAUGACCUGUUCCUGGCUGCUAGCCAGGGGUACCUCCCAGCUCACACCUCCAUUCACCAUCUGAAUCUGUCCUCGUCGGCAGGGGAGGGAAGCAUUGAUAUCUGCUCACCUGUGACUGUGGAUGGCGAUGUCAUCAGCCUGUGUUGCAACCCGAAGACCAAAGCUGUGGCUCUGCAACUUUCUGAUGGAAAAAUAAUGAAGUACCUCUGGGGAGCUGAAACACCAGUUGUCACCCCUUGGCUGAACAGCAGCGGUUCAGCUGUCCAGUUUCCCUCUCCAUGUAUGCAGACUGCACUGGCUGUAGUUGGUGAUGAAGAAACCAUCUUUGGUCUGACUGACAGAUGCCGCUUUUUUAUUAACGAAGUUGAGGUUGCUUCAAACGUCACGUCCUUUGCCAUCCACGAUGAGUUUCUGCUGUUGACAACGCAUGCUCAUACCUGCCAGUGCCUGUCGCUGAGGAACACAUCCCUGAAAGCUUUGCAGUCAGGUUUGGGCAACGCAUCUGUCCCCAAUAGUGAGACACUGCGCAAGGUUGAAAGAGGAUCCCGGAUAGUCACAAUUGUGCCGCAGGAUACAAAGCUCAUUUUGCAGAUGCCGAGAGGAAACUUGGAAACCGUUCAUCACCGUGCUCUUGUUUUGGCCCAAGUCCGCAAGUGGCUGGACUGCCUCCAGUUUAAAGAAGCCUUUGAAUGCAUGAGGAAGCUGCGAAUCAAUCUCAACCUCAUUUAUGACCACAAUCCAAAGGUUUUCCUGGAAAAUGUGGAAACAUUUAUAAAACAAAUUGAUUCAGUGAGUUUUAUCAACUUGUUCCUCACAGAGCUGAAAGAAGAAGACUACACAAAGACUAUGUACCCACCUCUAGAGUAUACCAAUGUCUGUGAGCUUCAUGAUUCUGAUGGGGAAAAGGUUAACCUCAUCUGUGAUGCAAUGAGAACAGCCAUGGAGAACAUCAGUACUACCAAAUACUGUUUGUCCAUACUGACCUCUCAUGUGAAAAAGAGCCCCCCAGAACUGGAAACAGCUCUGCAGAGAAUUCGUAAGCUUCGAGAGCAAACUUCAAUAACUGCUGGAUCUGUGAGCGCCGAAGAAGCUCUCAAAUACCUGCUGUACUUGGUAGAUGUCAAUGAGUUGUAUGAUCAUUCUCUGGGGACAUACGAUUUCGAUUUAGUCAUCAUGGUUGCUGAGAAGUCUCAGAAGGAUCCUAAGGAAUAUCUCCCAUUCUUAAACAAACUUAAGAAAAUGGAAAACAAUUACCAGAGAUACUCUAUAGAUAAAUAUUUGAAGAGGUAUUCAAAGGCUCUUCACCAUCUCAGCAAAUGUGGGCCAGAGCAUUUUUCAGAGUUCCUGAACUUGGUGGUGGAUCAGAACUUAUUUAAUGAAGCCUUGAAGCUAUACUUGCCAGACACCCAGGAGUACAAGACUGUUAGCUAUGCUUAUGGAGAACACUUGAUCCAGAAGCAUCUCCCUGAGCAAGCGGGGCUAAUCUUCUUCCGCUGCGAUGCAUUUGAGAGAGCGCUGGAUGCCUUUUUGAUCAGCGGUAAUUGGCAGCUGGCCCUGACGGCAGCCGGCGAGCUUUGCUACACCGAAGACAAGCUGGCCAACCUGGCGAGGAGCAUGGCAGGGAAAUUUGUUGAAAAAAGAAAGUAUGCAGAUGCAGCAAUACUCCUGGAACAAUAUGCCAAGGAUUACGAAGAGGCCAUCCUUCUUCUCCUGGAAGGGACCACUUGGGAUGAAGCCCUAAGAUUGAUUUACAAAUAUAACAGGACUGACAUUCUGGAGACCAACUUCAGACCAUCUCUGCUGGAAGUUCAGAAAACUCAUUUGGCGUUCCUGGAGACUCAGAAAGCAGCAUUUUCUUGCCAUCAGAAGCGCCUUUCUGUGGUCAGAGAGCUGAAGCAGCAAGCCCGGAAUGAAAUGCUGGAUCUCGAAUUGCCAAACUGCCCAGAAUCGGAUCUCUUUUCUGAUGCCAGCAGCAUGGUGACAGCUAGCGACGCCAGUUCCAAAUAUACUCACAGUAACUCGAGAAUAUCUGCACGCUCGUCAAAGAACCGUCGCAAGGCAGAGCGUAAGAAACACAGUCUCAAGGAAGGGAGCCCCUUAGAGGAUGUUGCACUCCUGGAAGUUUUAGGGGAAAUAGUCCGGAGUGUUGACAAUCUAAAAGGUGAGAUACACAGCCUUUUAAAACAUCUCGUCCUCUUUGGCUAUGACGGGCAAGCCCAGGAGUUGCAGCAAGCCUUUGAGGAGACCCUUCGCUUGGUGGAGCAAUCCCUCCUUGAAAUCUGGACACCAGAUCUGCAGCAGAUCCCAGCCAACUCGAUCCUGGGUCCCAAUUCAACUGCCAAUAGCAUAAGCGCGGCCUACAAUCAGCAAAAGACAAUGGCUCCAGCAUCACAAGAUCCUGAAUUCUUUAUACCUCCCAAACUCAACAAAAGCAUCCAGUGGAAACUGAACCUUCUCCAAUAAUCUAGACCCUGAAGCUGUUAGAUGGACUGAGCGCCUGUAUUUCUGUGUCUUCAGAUUCUGAAAUAUGUGCCUUCUCCAGAUCUUGCAGCUGAUCAUGUAUCCUGAAGUGAUAAGGGAUUGGCAGGCCAAAGUCAGUGCUCACCAACCUUGUUACAUAGCUCUGAAUUAUGGCCUGCCUUCCUUCCUCUUUUCUCCUGCUGCUGAGCUCAGAUGGAUUACCUGGACAACCAAACACAAAAGCCUCUGCAAAACAAGCAGGCAACAUCUGUUUAUUUAAAAUUGUUGCCUCAAAACAACAUUUUUUUUGCUCUUUGGUCCCUUUUUUGGCAGUGGAUAUCACAAAACGAUAUUUUAAAACUUGAAAGCAGAACUGCGCCUUAGUUGCAUUGUGGUUUUCUAGGCUGAAUGGCGACUUCUCUGUGUCUUUUAAGGACACCCAACUCAGACUCAAAUACGGACAUCAGUUACCCUGCAUAGCAAAAGUGAAGCACCCACUGAACCAGAUGCGCUUUGUAAUUCCCCUCAAGAGCACAUCACUCCUGGUACAACCACACCACAGCUGUAUCAAUUGAGUAUCUGAUGGUGGAUUUUCAUACACUAACCUUGAAAUACCAUGUUUUGACAAAAUAUUUAUAGGAGCUGCCCCUUUUUCUCAAAAUCAAGGAGAAAGAGGGGCUAAUAAAGUUUCGUUGUCACCUUU